GAGCUUCCCGCCAACUUGAAGGCUUUCUACGAUGCCAACAUCAACGGCAAAUGCCCGAACCCCAAAUCCAUCGAAUACGACUCCGCAGAGGGCCAGACGGACACUCAGUACUGCGAGGACCCUGCCUCCAAGGCCCUCUACCUCAAGGACAACAAGAAUGGCUACGCCGACCUCGACAUCGACUGCGAUGGUGCCAACAACAGUGGAGGAAAGUGCGGUAACGAUCCCACUGGACAAGGCCAGACUGCCUUCAGGGACACGGUCAAGGAAUUCGGUAUUCCGGACUUGGACGCCAACAUCCACUCCUACAUUGUUCUCGGCAACGACAACUCGGUCGAAGAGGGCGACGGUGGCGAGAAGUUCGACCCCCAGAGUCUCGGCAUCAAGCCUUUGUCCGUCGUCGCCAUCGUCUGCGGAGGCCAGCUCUUCUACGGCGUCUGGGGUGAUGUGAACGGUGGAAAGCUCGUCGGCGAGACCUCCAUGGCUGUCGGCGACCUUUGCUUCCCCAACGAAGAUCUCUCCGGCAACAAGGGCCACGGCGACCACGAUGUUCUCUACCUCGCCUUCCCUGGUGACGAGGCCCUGCCUGACAGCGACACCAAGUGGAAGGCGUCGAGCACUGCCGAGUUCGAGGAGUCGCUCGCCACGGUCGGUGACGGCCUCGUUGCAAAGCUU